AUGAAGAGUUAUGCACUCGCGCAGUUUAUCUCCAUCGCUACUGCAGGCUGCAGCCUUGACACCUUUUCCAGCCCUCGUUCCGAUCUUACACUUCGUUCUGCGGGGGGGUAUGGCUAUGACGGGCUCAAUGAGCCCCUGGCUUGGCACAAGCUGAGUGCCAACAACUCCCUCUGUGCCACUGGGAAGAAUCAGUCGCCCAUAAACCUCGUUCCAAGCAAGGAGCUCACCAUUGAUGGCUCCUCUUUGGCCUUUCAGCUCUACAGCUACCCCGAGGGAGGCGAGCUGGAGAAUCUCGGAAACACGGUUCAGGUCCAAGUAAACGGAUCGAUAAUGCUGGACAACUGGGUGUAUAACCUCGUUCAGUUCCAUUUUCACACGCCGAGCGAACACCACCUCAUGGGAGAGCACUUUCCUCUCGAAGUCCACUUCGUGGCACAGAAUGACGCUGGCUCCCUCGCGAUCAUUGCAUUCUUUGUCGAAAUCGCUAUCGGCGACGAUCGCAUCUCCAGUUUCCUCACGGCGGUCCUCAGCAGAGUCAAAGAGGUUCCUCAAUCCGGACAAAUCUUUUUGACAGGCGCCCUCAACCAUACCGAUCUGCAGUACCAUCUUUCUCAAUCCGACGUAUAUCAAUACAACGGCUCCCUAACCACACCGCCCUGCAGCGAGCAUGUGUUCUUCAAUGUUGUCGCCAGCCCUCUUUAUCUCCACCCUCGCGAAUAUCGGGCCCUGAAGAAAAUCAUGAAGUACAACUCACGUUACACACAAAAUCGGCCUGGGCAAGAUAACCUCUUGAGCCGGAGAAUAUAG